GUUAAGAGCGCCGUUGCUGUGCUGUGCUAGCAACAACUGGGUAAUGUGGAGCUGACCUCCCAGCCGAAACACCACAUUAAAUUAAAUAUCACCCGGCUAUAAGCGUUUUGUAUACAUCUAUACCUGAGCCGACAUGCCUCCGAAGAAACCCGCUCAGCCCGCGGGAAAUAAAAAAACUCAAGAGAAGAAAAAGGAAAAGAUAAUUGAGGACAAGACAUUUGGCUUGAAGAACAAGAAAGGGGCCAAGCAGCAGAAGUUCAUCAAGAACGUUACUCAGCAAGUCAAACAUGGACAACAAAGUGCCAGACAGGCUGCUGAGGCAGAAAAGACCGGAAAGAAGACUGAUAAGAAGAAAGAGUUGGACGAACUCAAUGAGCUGUUUAAACCUGUAGUUGCUGCACAGAAAGUCAGCAAAGGUGUUGAUCCAAAGUCAGUGCUGUGUGCAUUCUUUAAGCAGGGCCAGUGUACUAAAGGUGACAAGUGCAAGUUCAGCCAUGAUUUGUCAAUGGAGAGGAAAUGUGAGAAGAGAAGUGUCUACGUGGAUGAAAGAGAUGAAGACCUGGAGAAAGACACUAUGGACAACUGGGACGAGAAGAAGCUGGAGGAGGUGGUCAACAAGAAACAUGGAGAGGCAGAGAAGAAGAAAGCCAAAACACAAAUUGUGUGUAAGUACUUCCUGGACGCCAUAGAGAAUAAUAAGUACGGCUGGUUCUGGGUGUGCCCAGGGGGGGGCGGCGACUGUAUGUACCGGCACGCCCUGCCACCCGGCUUUGUACUGAAAAAAGACAAGAAAAAGGAGGAGAAAGAGGAGGAAAUUUCGCUGGAGGAACUGAUAGAAAAUGAGCGUGCCGCUCUGGGUGCUGAUGUGACUCGGAUCACCCUGGAGACUUUCCUGGCUUGGAAGAAGAGGAAAAGGCAGGAGAAGGUGGACAAAGCAAGGGAGGAAAUGGAGAAGAAGAAGGCGGACUUCAAGGCUGGAAAAUCGCUAGUGGUGAGCGGCCGUGAGGUGUUCGAGUUCCAUCCAGAGUUGGUAGAUGAUGACGAUGCUGAAGCCGAUGACACUCGAUAUGCCAGCGAAGAUGAGGAAGAUGAUGAGGAAGAGAUCAGUACUACAGAGGUCCAGGACAUAGACUUAUCCCGUUUUGUUCCACAAGAGGUCGACAACACAGGCAUUACCGUAGCAUCCACGGACCGUUUCACCUCUAGGAAUAAGACUCAGCCAACGGAAACAGACAAUGAGGAGCAGCUGAACGGAGCUUGCGGUGGCGCUCAGGCCAACGGGCUUUCGGGAGCAGAGGGAGGUGGGGAGGACGGAGGAGGGGAUGGUGAAGAGGAGGUACCGGUGGAUGAGAACCUGUUCACGGGAGAAGAUCUGGAGGAGCUCGACGAGGAACUCAACACACUGGCGCUGGAAGACUGAGGGAGCACAUGAGAGUGAGGGAGCGUGAGGAGGAAGUUAGGACGGACUAAGUGACAAAGGGACGGACUGAUGGAUGCAUGGAGCUAAACAACAAAGAGACCAGAUGUUUGAAUGAUUUUUAAAAUUCAGAGACUCCAGUAAUAAAGCCUGAUUAUAUCAUGACAUCACUUCCUGUCUCUGCCCCCUCUGUUUUCUCUAUUGCCCCUCUUACAUCCCACCAUGUCCUCUGCGUUUUUGUCCAUUGGGUGUCCAAAUUUCCACAGCAGGGACAAUUAGGGUUUACCAGGGCCAACUCCAUGUGAAUGCUUCUUGUCAGAAUUUCCAUUAAUUAAGAGCAUUUGUUGUGCACUUGCUGCUCUCUGAACUCACUAAUGUUGAAACUGAAAUUCAUUUUGAUAAAUUAGGCUUCAAGUGCUUCUCUACCUGAUCAGUUAAAUAUUGAAUAUAGUGAUCUGCAGAGUGAGACAUUGUAAGGGCUUAAAAAUGAAAGCACUAUACUUGUGAGAUUGUACGGUGGGAUAAGACUUCAAUAAAUCUAAUAGCAUUAUUGACGUAUGUUUUGAAAGAGCUUAUACAAUGAACUUGUGGGAAAUAAACAGGAGUGAUUCUGUUGUAAGAAACUGAAUCUGUUCAGAGUCUCACCUGUGCGCAUACCAAAAUAAAAGCUACAGUUUGAGGUUACACUUUCAUCAUUCUACCGAAGAUUGUUUCCCCUUCUUUUGUUAUGGAAAUUUCACGUAACUUUUUGAAGGAAAAGCUUCUAAAAUGUUGGCCCUAUUUCUGAGACCAGAUUAGUGCUAUAAUUAAGCCCCAGGAGGGAAACCAAAUGGUUCCAUUAUCAGCCCAGUAUUGUAAAUAAUGUUCUCAUGAGUUGCCUCCUAAAGAAAUAAAAGAUUACUGUACA